AACGUACACAAAUAUACACACACAGCUGCGCAUUCAACGCAUACAGAAGUUUUGGCGUAACGUAGACCUGGCAAGACGGCAAUUCAAUUCAAAGCCUUUGCAUUCGCGUUGUUGGUACGGUACUCUCUGUGUGUGUUUUCAAUCAGGCGAGCGGAGCGGCGCGCAAACCAUCUUUUCCGCAUUGAUAGCAACAAAAAAAAGAACACAACAAAGUGCUGCAUAUGUAGCGUCGUUUGUUUAUUUUUUAGUAACUAAAAGCAAACAACAAAUUCCCCCCAACAACGCGUUACGUACGUUACGUUUCGUUGCGUGCGCUGUCGAAUGCCGUAAGAAUCGGAUUUAAUUCCAAAAUUACCGUGUGGCGUCUGCCGUGUACAUACAUAUGUACAAACGUAAAUGCGUUGUGUGUGCAUACAAUAAUCAAUACAACGUCAAAUAAAUACGUCUAGAACAGUAUUUGAAAGCUGGCCUCAAACCAAAGCUGAAAUUGAAACAGAAACUCCAUUGCCAUUGACACAGUGCUUACGUUACGUUGAGUGUGUGUGUGUGUGUAGUGCGAGAAAGAAACGGCAAGAAAAGAAGGAAACUCCUAAAAUCCCAGCACUAUUCGUAGUGCACCACAAAAAGAACGUUAACUUAAGAAACCAUUCGAACCGAUCGGCUCCGUUAUGGAUCACUUUCAUCAAAUACAGCAAACCAUUCAACACUAUCAGCAGCAACUGGCUGCGCAGCAACAACAACAAGUACAACAGCAACAGUUGCAACAACACCAAGUGGUGGUACAGCAGAAUCAGCAGCAGGCGCAUCAGAAUAGCUCCAAUACCGCUGCCGGUGUGGGCACCCAACAGCUGUUCACAUACAAAAUGGCCAGCAGUUUCCCCAAUCCAGCCACGACGAUGGCCCAGGUUGUGGCCACGUCGAAUGCUGCCGGUACCACAGGCUAUGACUAUCGCCUGAAUAUGGCCCAGGCUGCGGCGGCUGCAGCAGUGCCCGGCUCCCAGUGGUGGUAUUCGGCCGCCAAUCAGGGCCAGGUGGAUGCCAACACAGCUGCCCAACUGCAGCAGCAGCAGCAGCAACAACAGCAACAGCAGCAGCAACAACAGCACCAGCAGCAACAACAGAUGCAACAGCAGCAACAGCAACAGAAUGUUAUCAAUUCGGCGAGUCCAAUGGUCAGAGGUGGAAAGGCCGAUGCAAAACCCAGGGGUCGUAUGACUGCAUACGCAUAUUUUGUACAAACCUGCCGGGAGGAGCACAAAAAGAAGCAUCCCGAUGAAACCGUGAUAUUUGCCGAAUUCUCGCGCAAGUGUGCCGAACGAUGGAAGACAAUGGUGGAUAAGGAGAAGAAGCGUUUCCAUGAAAUGGCCGAAAAGGACAAGCAGCGCUACGAGGCAGAAAUGCAAAACUAUGUCCCACCCAAGGGCACUGUUGUCGGACGUGGCAAGAAGAGGAAACAGAUCAAGGACCCCAAUGCACCGAAACGUUCAUUGUCUGCGUUCUUCUGGUUCUGCAAUGAUGAAAGAAACAAGGUGAAGGCUCUGAAUCCUGAAUACGGUGUUGGCGACAUUGCCAAAGAGCUGGGACGAAAGUGGUCCGAUGUUGAUCCCGAGGUCAAACAGAAGUACGAGUCGAUGGCCGAAAGAGACAAGGCUCGCUACGAACGGGAAAUGACCGAAUACAAGACAAGCGGGAAGAUAGCCAUGUCCGCACCAUCGAUGCAAGCGUCGAUGCAGGCGCAGGCACAGAAGGCCGCGUUACUGGCAGCCGCCGUGCAGCAGCAGCAACAGCAUCAGCUGGACGAGCAGCAUGAUGACGAUGACGGCGAUGGUGAUGAUGAUGAGAACCAAUAGGAGGUCUAGCCUAGUAAUACUCUUCACUAUUUAUACACACUACUAUCGUUGGGUCUGCGCUGUCUCAUCGUGUGAGACGGCCGAGUGGGAGAGAGAGAGAGAGCGAGAGCAGAGAGCAGAGGAUAACGAGAAACAUGAACAAUAUAUAUCGUCGGGGGGUGAAAAGUUUGAUCUAUUAUCAGGUUAAGCCCCAAACAACCAACCGAUCGAUCGAUGAAUGUGUGUUGAACAUAAAUAUAUAUAUAUGCAUAUAUAUAUAUAUAUAUAUAUAUAAAUAUGAAAGUAAUGCAUAGUUUUUUUUUUUUUGUAACACUAAGUAAUCAAAUUUCCAUGAAUUAAUUGAAGGAGAAACAAAAUCACAAAGAAACCUUUUAUAAGUUCGUAUGUUAUAAGAUGAAUAUGAUUAAGUAAUGGUUAGAUUAAAACCCGACAUUCAAUCUGUGUGUGUCCUGCUAAAAACAAACAAACAAACAACAACCUUAUUUGUGCUAAGUUUUCUCCUAAAAACAAAAACAAAAAAACACUCAAGAGAAAAAUCAAUCAAUCAAUCAAUCAAAUCAGCCACAAACAACUCUCGAUCAUGAUUAUCAACCAUAUUGUCAUUUCAUUAUCUCUGUCAGUAUGAAGAAGAAGAAGAAAAAGGAGCUAUAAAUAUCGGUAAUCCAUGCCCCUUCCGCCCCAUUUAUUAAAGUUAGAUUUCAUCAUAAUGGAAGCCCCAACCCAACCAACUCCUCCCCCCCCCCCCAUACAAUUAAUGCGUUUACUCACACACGCGAGUUGCAAGACGUGAUAAAAAAAAACAAAACAAAACAUAAAAAUACUUAACUCAGUGGCGGGUGAUAUCUCUUCAAAAAAAAUAUCUGUCUCUCUAUAUAUAAAGUAUAGUAUGUAUCAUAAUGUGCAUCAUUUCGUUCGUUUUUCCAUUUCUCAAUUGAUAUUUUUCAUAUAUAUAUAUAUAUAUAUAUAUAUUUUUUAUUUAAAACACACACACAUUACAUUUCAAAAACACCACGAAACAAAUCAUCCUAGGGCAGCUUUUUUGGGGGGAUGCGCUUUCUUCUAUAUAAAAAAAGGAACAAAACAAAUAUAUAUAGUUUUAAUUAUGAUAUGUAAAUAUAAAAGUACAUUUCAAGCGCGUUGCUGGGGCAUAAAUAACACGUAUAUAAAUAUAUAUAUACAUAUAUAUAUAUGUAUAUUAAUAUACGGGAUGCGUCUUAGGUUGUUAAACACAUACAUAUAUUGGGAGACACGCGGGGGAGACGCAAAAAAUGGACAUUGUUGACUUCUUGGCCAUGUACAUACUAUUGAAGUAUUAUUUAGACGAGACUAUCUAGCAGUUAACGGAGUUGCAGCAGCAGCAGCAGCAGCAGCGGCGGCAGCAGAUCUGACAAGAAUCUAAGAGUAUACAUAAUACCAUAUAAGAAAAAAGAAAAAACAGAGGGUGGCUAAACAAAAAAAGUAAAAGUAUUCUCAGAGUGUGUUUUUUGUAGAGUUAAGGCUGUAAGUAAAAGGAUAUUUUUACACCCAGCCUUAAAUACAAAACUCCAGUUCCAGACCAGAAGACAAGAGACGGACAGAUAUAUAGCGAAGGAGGAAGGGAGGGGAAUAUAGAUGCCUCUGCUCCCCACCCCCAUGGAGGAGGAGCUCUGGCAAAUGCUUAACAAAAAGUGACUGCUCGACCGUCUCCUCCACGGGCCAGAGGUACAACCGUACUCCUUGCGCACGCGGUUAGUGGUUGAUAGUGUGUGUAUAGGCUAAGAGAUACCGAGUAAUUAAUAGGUUUAUAACGUGAUUAGAGGUGGAUUAGUGGAGGAGUAGCUAAUCCCAUGUACAGACCAGACACCGAAGACAUAUUGGUUGGCGCUGCAUUGAGACUCGCAGUAACUUUCCCCCUCUCCCCACGUUAUAUUAUUAUGAGGCGAGACAAUGUAUAUGUAUAUCUAUGUAUAUAUAUUUUAGCAUCAUUUUUGCUAGAGAAUAACUCGCCACCGAGAUUAUAUCCAUAGAGAGAGAGAGAGCAGAGCAGAAGGAGCUCUGAAAUGAAGAAGUGUCUAGGCUAUACACCACCUUUUUUAAGUUGUAAUUUUCUACGAGAGAUCGAGAUCUACGACAAUGAUAAUGAUGAUGAACGAUGAACGACGGCAAAAAAAACUCCUCAACAAAAAACAUAAAUUAUGACUAUGAAAAAAAUUCCAGUUCCCUGUGCGCUUGUUAUAAGAAAAAAAAAAAAACAACAACUAAACUAUUAUAAAAAUAAACUUUUAGAAAAGAGAUUCUUGUAGAUGAAAAUGAUUGUGUUCUCCAAAAAAAAAAAGAAAAAAAAAGAAUAUUUGUCUUUAUUAUUCCUCCCCGUUUUUCCACCAAUUUUUGUUUAAACAGAAACAGCAGUCCCAGAGAAUGCGAGAUCGAGAGAGGGAGGUGUCAUCUAGUAUCAUAUACUACAUUGAAGACACUCGGAAGAAUCCAAAUCAAAUGAAAUCAAAUCACAGACAUUGAGCGAGUUCCUGAAUUAAAAAAAAAAAAAGAAAAAACCUGUAUGGUGUGGUGUUUUGGUGUGUGUGACAUUACGUUUAGCGAUACUACAUAUAUCUAUAUGGUAGCUAAUAAGAGGUUUUUUUUUUAUUGAAAACAUACAUAUAUUUUUUUCUAUGAACUUCCUGUAAAAAUAGUUGAAAAUAAAUAUAAUUUAGCUAGA